AUGCCGACUGCCGCCUAUCUCAACUCGACACAGCCAGACCGGUGGUCGUUCCGCGUCAUCAACAUCCUGGCGUCCGUCUACAACUUCACGCCGGAGUACGUACCGUCGGCGAAUCCGAGCGGCGGCGUCCCUGACGCGGCCGGCGGCUGGGGAGGCCUCACCGGACAGCUACUCAGGGAGGAAGUGGACAUGACUGGAAACUUUCUGGUGUCAUCAACUGAACGUCUCGACUUAGUGUCCUUUGGCGAAACGAUCGGCUACUCCCAGAUUGGACUAUUAAUAGAAAGACCAAAGGCAGAAACAAGGGACGACUCGCUUCUCGCUCCAUUCAGCAACAAGGUCUGGAUCAUGAUCCUGAUCUCGAUGCUCGUCAUGGGCCCGUUGAUCUGGGGCAUCAUCCGCUUCCGUGUGUGGUUGGCGACGAGCGACAAACACCUGAACCGCAUCAUUCCGCUGGGCUCAUGCGUCUGGUUUGUAUACGGCGCGCUGAUGAAGCAGGGCUCCGUCCUCUCACCCGUCACAGACUCGUCUCGAAUGCUGUUCGCCACCUGGUGGAUCUUCAUCACGGUGGUAACGGCGUUCUACACGGCCAACCUGACGGCCUACAUGACCUUCUCCGAUCUGAAGAUCCCCGUCGACAGCAUUGACGACAUCGAUAGCAAUCAGAAGUCUUGGAUUGCGCCGCGAGGGGACAGCAUCCAGAUGUACGUCAACAGCUCCGACGUCCUCAUGGGGAUGAGAAGGGCCGGGAAGGGCUCCUUCAUCAGUCCCGACGCACCGGCGUCCAAGACUAUUGACAAAGUCCGCAGUUCAGCGUACGUCUACAUCGACGAGGUGUCCAAGCUGAACGCCAUGAUGAUGGCCGACUACUACUACUCCAGCAACCGCACCUGCCACGUGUAUGUGGUGCCCCUCAAGGAUGAGUACAUCAAGUACUCGCUAGCCGCGCCCAAGGGCUCGUCAUUCAACCAAGCCUUCGACCCUUUCGUUCACUGGCUCGUCAUGUCCGGCAUCGCCAACAAAUGGAAACGGGACGCGGAGGUGGACGCGGCUCCCUGCGCCAUCCCCAAGGGCAUCCAGGGCACCAAACUGAUGAACGAGGAGCUGCGCAUGAUCUACUACAUCCUGCUGACCUCCUACGGGUGCGGCGUGGCGCUGCUGAUGCUGGAGAUCGGCUGGGGCCGACUGGCGCGCCGCUGCGGCUCCUUCUCGCGCCAGGACGACGCCAACACGGUGCUGCAGCGGGUGCUGCGCCCGGACGGCGCCGGCGCCGGCAAGUCCGCCUGGGCCGUCACGCGCCCAGAUCAGAAACCCACCACCACCUACACUUACGGCAUGUCGAUGGACCGGGGCGCCGUGUCCACCUGGUCGACGGUGACGACGAGAUGCGCGACAGCAUCAAGUACGUCAACGGGCGGCCGUACCUGCUCGUCGGCACGGGGGGACGGCGUGCGUCCGGUGCCCGUCACCGACGACAAGAACGAGGUGUUCGAGCGCAUCUUCCGCGAGCUGAAGGAGCGGCCGGGCAGUUCGCGGCUCAACGACCAGUUCGGCGACCUGUACUUACCCGAGAACCUGAUGCAUAAGUAG